UUCUCAGGCCCGCUAUGAUGUUAUUUCUGUUGUACCUUUACCAGUCCGCAUUUCCUUGUUUUUUUUGUUUUUUUUGUCAGCUUAUAUAUAUUUAAUGGACCUCCUGUUGCUGUUCUCCGCCCAUGCUGUUUCCUUCUUCCAUGGAUUACUACCUCCGGACCUUGGCUCCUACUAAACCCUUCCAGCCCCCACCAGUCAGGCCGAUGCAUAGUCACCAGUUUCCAUCUGUUCAAAGCCCUGUUUUCGUUCUCCUCAGUAACCGCCGUUCUUCACCGACCAGUUCAGGAGUGACCCCAGCGACACAGCUCAGCCUACUCCUCUCAUCUCAUCAAUAUCACUGCUUGCACUGAAGUCAGCCAUCUGGGUCCGCUUUUCUUUUGCUCGCUCACCAUCCCAUGUGCGAGCAAACAUAACAGGAAGAUUCAUCAUGAACAUGAACAAACUGAAAUCUUUCUGAUAGAGCAAAACAACUGUGGAGCAUCUCCAGGACAAGUUGACAAAGCUAAGGACUGUGGCUGAUGAUCUGGAGCGUGUGCAUCAGCGCGCCACCAUCGGCAGUUUGGCAGGAAGUGUGAUUGGAGCGAUGGGGGGGAUUACAGCUGUAGUGGGUCUUAUACUGGCCCCAUUCACUUUGGGAGCCUCUCUUAUUGUAACUGGAGUUGGUGUGGGUGUGAGUACACUUGGUGGUGUCGCUGCUGGGGCCUCAAAUAUCACAAACAUGGUGAACCAGUCCUCUGAUCGCAAAGCUGUUCGAAGCAUCAUUAAAGAGUUUGAAGAGAAAAUUAAUGCAGUAGUCACCUGGCUCCAGGAGAUAUGCAACAGCGUACAGGCAAUCAGAAACACAUUUCAGACAGCUGAUGUACCUGGCACUAUGGAUAGCAGUUUCAGUGAUGAGAACCUGGCACGGCUUGGCCUCAGGGCAGGGAGGGGCCUAGGUGCGAUUCCUGAACUGAUUAGACUAGUUCAAGUAGUUAACAUUGGCAAGAUCGCAGCACAGGCAACCAGAGCAGUACGUGUGGCAGAGGCAGUCACAGGUGUGCUUUCAGCUUUAUUUUUAGCAGUAGACAUCUUCUUCAUUGCCGUGGAUGCUAAAGAGAUACACCACAUUAGACAGGCAAAGGCAGCAGAGGAGAGAACUAAUUCUCAGCCAGUGUCUGAGACUGAAACUGAAGAUUCUGUGUCCACCUUUGACAAGGCUGUACUAGUGGUCAAAGAGUCUGACAGUGCUGAACCUGACAAAUCAGAAGAAAAGAACCAGUCUUCCUCAGAAACCACUCAAACCAAAUCUGAGAUCAUGAAAUUUGUCAAGUCAGUCAGGGAGGCAGCAGACAACUUGCAGGAAGUCCUGGAUGAGAUCAGAAGCAUCAUCUCAUCUAUCCCUUCAUUUGGGGAUGAGAGUGACCUGGAAUAACAAGAGAGAGAAUGAAUGUAACCAAAAGUUAACUAAAAUCAAGUCAAAUAAAUAUUAUAAUAAAAAAAAUGUACUCACUGAAGUCACCACCCAGUAGCUAAUUCAGUUCACAUUAUUCUGUUGUACAAGUGCAUUAACGCUUUACCUCUUUAAAAAAAAAAAAAAUGAAGUAUGUUUUUGUUUUGUUUUUUUUAUAUACCAUGCACCAGAAUUUUAAAAGGUACAUGUCUGAUUUUGGAUCUUGAUAAUGAAGUGGGAAUGAUUUGGAUUUCCAAGUAAAAAUAUUUUAUUAAUGAAAUCAAUUAAACAUACAGUAUGUGUAAUCAGUGUCAGUACUAAUGGGUAAUAUAAUAAAAUACAAGUGACAAACUUGCAUUUAAGUUAAAUCACAUCUACUGUAUCACCAGGCUGGAUAACCUUAAACUAAGUUUUCUGACUACUAACAAAGGAAUAAAAAAAUGUUGAAUGCUUAUUGCGGGAGUAAACGAUGUAUUGCUAGCAACCUGAAAACAUAUCGUUUUUAUUACUUGUAUUUUUUCAUCAUUUGCUACAUUAAUGAAAUACAACAUGAAAGCAGCAGCAUCUGUAGUGGUGGUACUGUACCAAAAGGACUCUGUGACACAAGUCAAUUAAUAUGGCUACACCCAGAGAAGUAACCUAGGAGCACUGCAAUGAAAGGGCUCAGUGCUGUACAUAAACUUGCAUCAAAUUUUCUUAGGCAUGACUGAUCUUUGAACAAACAAUAAAAAUUUUUAUAAAGUUAACACAUAAACAUUCUACAGAUAGGGGCUUUAGCUGCAUUCAAACAC